UGUUCAGGCAAGGCUACCUGAUCCGUCCGACCUUUCAGACAGACGGGGAAAAAGUCAUUUUGGCAGACUUGUUUUAUAGUCACUUGAUGUGUGUGUGUGUGUGUGUGUGUGUGUUUCUCUGGACAAACGUAUUUGUGUUAUUCUUUACAUAAAUUGUUUUUCUGAUUUGUAACGAUCACACGCGGACAGUACAGUACUGUUGAAAUAAUGCUUAAAUGUCAGACACAGAAGUCACGUGAUUUAUUAUCAAGACAGCAUCGACUUCUAUACAAAUUUCACUUCCACAUUGUUCCCCUCACCUCACAAAUGAUUCCACUCUGUACUCUGUGUGAUGUGUAAGUGCUUCUUUCUGGUUGCUAUCCGUUUGCUUGUUUAUGCCACUUUUUAAUUAAUGACACAUCUAGACAGGCAUGGUCUGUUUCUCUUCCUCUGUCUCUCGCAGUGCAGCUGCACGGCAUGUAAAAAUAGGUAUUCAAAUUAUCAAGCAGCAGGUUGUGCAAACUGUAAAACACAGAGAUGUGUUCUCAUAUAGACGUGGUCUCUGGCUUUGUCACCACCUGGAAACACAAUCCUUUCACUUAUUUUUUUCUCUUAAAACACAGAACCUUUCACUGUACUUUUGCUGAAAAAAUUCCAUUUUCAUCAUGCUUUCUGAUUUUUUCUUUUUCUUCCGUAGACUUUAAACUUUGUGGACUCAUGAGGAGUAACUUCUACAUAAUGUUCAAAAUUUCAGAAUGAAGCUGGAUCUAAACUUCUCCAACAUGUCUGUGGAGUCUGGUGCUGUGCAGCCGGAGCAGGGGUCGGUGGAGUACCGCAUCGCGGGCCUGGUCUUCUACUCCUUCGUCUUCGUUGUAGGGGUCGUAGUCAACAUCACCGCUCUGUGGGUGUUCUCUCUCACCACCAAGAAGAAGAACUCGGUCACCGUCUACAUGAUAAACGUGGCGAUGGUGGACCUCACUUUCAUCCUGCUGCUGCCCUUUCGAAUGGUUUACCACCACCAGGACUACUGGCCCUUUGGAGAUCUUUUCUGCCGCAUCAGCGCCGCCCUCACCAUCUUCUACCCCUGCAUGGCCCUGUGGCUGUUUGCUCUGAUCAGCGCGGACCGCUAUAUGGCCAUCGUCCAGCCGAAGCACGGCAAAGAGCUGAGGAACGUCCCGAAGGCCGUGGUGGCGAGCCUCGGCGUGUGGCUCAUGACCCUCGGCAGCACCGUGCCCCUGCUCUUCUCCGAGGAAGACCCCGACCGCGCCUCCAACUUCACCACCUGCAUCAAGAUGCAAGACAUCAUCCACAUGCGCCACGACAACCCCGUCAACUUCGUGAGGCUCAUUUUCUUUUUCCUGUUGCCCAUAGCCAUAAUGAUCGGCUGCUACGUCGUCAUCGUGGACAACCUGAUCCACGGACGCACCUCCAAGCUCAAGCCCAAAGUGAAGCAGAAGUCCAUCCGGAUAAUCAUCACGCUGAUCGUCCAAGUGCUGGUGUGCUUCGUGCCCUUCCACGUGUGCCUGGUGCUCCGCUUGGUGGGGACGGGCAUAGAUGGGGGGUACAGCACGUGGGCGGUCUUCACCACAUUCCUGAUGAACCUGAGCACGGUGUUGGACAUCAUCUUGUUCUACAUUGUCUCCAAGCAGUUCCAGGACAGGGUGAUCAGCGUGAUCCUGUACAGGAACUAUCUGCGGAGCGUGAGGCGGAAGAGCAGGCACACAGGCAGCAUCCGGUCGAUGAGCAACCUGACCAGCGCAAUGAUAUGAGACGGGCGUCAGACUCCCACGUCGAACAAGCUACACUGAUGUGCACCGUGAGCGCUUUGGCACAAUGUAACACUGAAUGCUUCGCUGUGUACGUGGUUCGUUAUGAAAAGGAUCAAAAACUUGCAAUUAAUUUCCAAGGCGUGAUUUACACUCACAGUAUGGGAGUGCUGCUGUUGUGGCAAAAAACAUCUGUGUUUCGGAGCUGAUUGACUUACCCAUGAGACUUGAGAUGUUUUCUGGUGCAUCUUUGUGAGUCUGCGGCUCAGGUGUAACACAUGCAGGCAAAAAAAAAUAAAGCUCACAACUAACUUUGUUAUUAUGCAUAAAGACCGAAACUCUUCUUAGCAACGUCAACCAACAGCUAUAAAAAGGGCCUGACUGCCUCAACGCUAGGUGG